GUAGAAAGGUAGUAUUCAGCGACUAUUGCUGAGAAAGGAAGCACACCUGAGAGUAUACUAAAGAUGUUCGAGAAACGAAGGAGGAAUCUCUGUACUCGCCCACUGUUCAGGAUCAACAGUGCGUAACUUUAGCUUGAUUUACAUUCUAGAACUGGUUAAUUGUAUUUACACUGUGUACAUUCUGUUUAAUUAAAGAUGGAUUGAACGAGAAGAGUGUGGAAAUCUAUAAAGUUUUAGAAGCCUGAAGACAUAUAAUGUGGCAAAUGGAGCGAAGAUACUCAGUGCCUCCGAGUACGUUGUCUGAUCCAUCAGGAAGAUAUCAUACCACAGAAGAUCUUCAUGCAUGGAGUAUUUAUCGCCAAAAUCUUAAUUCGGACUUCACUGAUAGUGCCCUGGGAAGUUCAGAGAAGUCACAACCACCUUUCGGUAAUUUUCAAUUGCGUGAAUCAACUGUUCAUACAAUUCUAAAUCAUCCCAAGUAUGGACCGAGAGAAAGGCAAUCGGAAUUGGGUACUAACAUAUAUACUUAUCUCAGAUUUGGAUUACCACGUGUGUUUCCUCAUGGAAAACCUCUCAAAAGCUCAAGUGGUUAUGAUUCUAGUGAUGACGGCUCUCCGUUCUUAGAUCCAAAGAGGAGGACACGCAGUGAUCCGGAUUUCAGAAGUCACUUUGAAUGCAUGCAUCGUCGUCCACCCACUCAAAAUAUAAGAGCUAGUAGCGAAAUGGACUUGAAACACCAUACAAUGAGAUCGGAAAGAAAACAACAACAUAUUGUUAAAACACAACACGAACUUAAAGAAGGUUAUCACACUCACCCUAUGCCAAACAGUGAUAGAAGAAGUAUGAUUGGUUCACAUCUUUCUGUGAACAGUCGAAGCGUUCGCGGUGAAAAUUACUAUGGACAGGAUCCUUACGCAGUUAGCGAUAAAUAUUUAUAUUAUGCAGGGCAACAAAAUGAAGUGGAAUGUCCAUUACUUAGGCAUCCACAUUUACAAGUUCGAGAUUUAACUUAUGAGGUAGACAUGUCUUCGGCUUGGCAUACUCUUUGUGGUGGUGCAAGGACAAAAUUAAGGCUUCUUGAUAAUCUAUCAUUUGAGGCUCGUGCAGGUGACAUCCUUGCCAUAAUGUCGACUACAGAUGAUGAAGGUACUGCAGUGUUAGAUAUACUUGGCAAUAGGCAUAAAAAAUGGAGAUGUCGAUUAAGAGGCGAUUUUUUAAUUAACGGUCUAUAUAUGACUCCAUCCAGACUCGAGCAGUGCCUUACAUAUGUUCAAAAGGAUCCUGAUUUUACGUCCGAUAUGAGUGUUAGACAAACAAUGCUCUUUAACUCCUUGCUCCUUGAACCUGAUCACACUAGAGAAUACGACACAAAGACAAGAAUCAACGCACUUCUAGAAGAUCUAGGAUUAGGACAAGUGAAACACACAAGAGUCAGAGAUCUAACAGAUUCAGAAAAGAGGAGGCUUAAUGUUGCUUGUCAUCUGUUGUUUGAUACAGAUAUAGUAUUGUUGGAUCAACCAACAAAGGGAAUGGAUAUAUUUGAUACAUUCUUUUUAGUAGAAUUUCUACGGCAAUGGGCAGCAAGAGGUCGAAUAGUCAUCCUCACAAUUCAUAUACCAACUUAUGAAAUUUUUACAAUGAUUUCAAGAGUUGCCCUAAUAUCGACUGGAAGAAUGUUAUAUUUUGGAAAGAGGAAAGAUAUGCUUCCAUACUUUGCCUAUAUAGAUUUUCCUUGUCCUGCAUUCAAAAAUCCAUCGGAUUAUUAUUUGGACUUGGUAACAUUAGACAAUUUAUCUGCUGAGGCAUUGCUAGAAUCCAGUCAAAGAGUAGAAAACUUGGUAGAAAUAUUUAGAAGACGUCAAGAUGUAUUAUCUGAUCCUGGUCCGCCUGGAUUACCUCCUCCAACAGUUAAAAAAGUAAACAUUAUAUCUCAGAUACUCGCUUUAUGGAUACGAGUGCUAAUUUACAUGUUUCCAUUCAAUGUCAUUUAUUUCUGUCGGGAUGUGUUCUUAGCUGCACUUAUGUCAGUUUUGAUUGGAGCUAUUUAUUGGAAUAUAAGAGCUGGUAAAGAACAAGCAGAUGUCAGUGAUAGAUUUGGUUUUUAUUACGUCAUGAUGGCAUUAUCAAUUUGGCCUCUCAUUCUAAAUUGUACCACAGAUAUAUGGGAAGAAAAAUUAGCAAUAGGGAGAGACAUCAAGGAAGGACUUUAUGGGAAAUUUACUUACGUUUUAUGCAAGCUCACUUACAGCUUACCAGUAACGGCAAUUGUAUUCACAGCUUAUUGUGUACCAGCAUAUUCCAUGGCAGGCCUUCAGACUACUUCAAGAGUACAUGCAUUCACUGUUUAUAUAGCAUACAUGUUGUUUUACCUAUUUACCAUUCGUAUGUUAGCGAUAGCAUUAAGUUGGGCUUGUUCUUCACGCCAUAUAGCUGCAAUUUGGACUGGUAUCAUCAUGAUGCCAAUAUUAACUACUGCAGGUUACACUGUCCAUUUUGACGAUUUAUCAGUAAUCGUUUCGUGGUUGCAAUGGUUGUCGCCAGCAAGAUGGAUGAUGGAAAAUUUAUUAAGUUGGGAAUUUAACAAAAAUUCCAACAAUAACGAUUUUGAUCCUAAAUAUAUAUGCAGUUAUAAUCCUGUCAUUAAACAAAAUACAAUACUUGCAAGGGCAGAAUGCGGUAUCGUAACUGAUCACCAAGCAUUGAAUUUUUAUAAAUAUUUAAGUGAUUGGCCACUUUAUCAACCCAUUAUUAUAACAGUAGCUUUUCACGUAAUAUUCUUACUUAUAGGAUUAUUUGCAUUUCUUCUAACGAAGCAAACUAGGAAGAAACGAUUUCCUGUUAUGUAGGAAUAUCAGCGUGAAGAUCGAUGUGUGCCAAAGUUUGCUGUAAGACCUUGUUGGACAACAUACGUGUAAUUAACAUCACUACUUUUAGUUUAUGAAUAUUGUUUGUGUAUUUUACUAUAAAAAGCUAACUUAAUUUUGUAA